AUGGAGUGGCUGGCACAGUCUGCAUUGGCGGAAGCAGCAGGAGGGGCAACAGCUGGAGUUAUUGCAGAUAGUACGCUAUAUGGAAUUGACUCCUGGAAAGUCAGAGUGCAACAAUCCAAAUCAACCGGUGGUUCCAUCCGAGAUCUCCGCAUCUUGUUUCGAGGCCUAGGACCGACAGUGUUGCUUGGUAGUGUCCCAGUAUUUGGCGGCUUUUUCCUGAUUUAUGCUCCCACCAAAACUCUUUUACAACACCAUCAGAGACCAGAAUUGAUUCCUUUGGCAUCUGCCGCUUGUGCGAUUCCCUCUACGAUAAUCGGCGUGCCUGCGGACAUUCUGAAGAAACGGAUGGUGCUUGGAAUGGACAAGACUUUUCUAGGUGCAGUGGUCAACGCGACAAAAGAGCACGGGGCAUUGGGUCUCUUUGUCGGAUGGAAUGUCAAUCUAGCUCGAGAUAUCCCCUUUGCUGGCUUGAAAAUUGGGUUGUUUGAAUUAUUUGUGCAUCGGUACAUGAUCUGGAAUGGACUCGAUCCUAGGGAUCACAUAUCACCGACUGGAGCAGCCAUUUGUGGGAUCCUGUCAGGAGUAUGUUGCGCAUUUUUGACUUCACCUUUGGAUGUAUGCAAUACGUACAUCAAAGCUGGACGGGCUGGGGGCUCUACUUCCAUACCAGCCGUAUCAUCUCACAUUGUCAAGACUGAGGGCAUCACUGCACUAUUUCGUGGUGUUGCCCUUCGGUCCUUUGUACUCGGUGUUGGAAGUUCUAUAUUUUGGCCAAUUCAGAGGAGGGUUGCACACAGCCUGGAGCCCAGCGGCCGCUUUGUGUAUUGA